UCAGUGUUGUGGGGCUCCUGGUAUGACCAUGUAAAGGGAUGGUGGGAUGUGAAGGACCAGCAUCGCAUCCUCUACCUCUUCUAUGAGGACAUGAAGGAGGACCCAAAGAGGGAAAUUGAGAAGAUACUGAAGUUCCUAGAGAAAGACAUAACAGAAGAAGUUCUGAAUAAAAUCAUCUAUCAUACCUCAUUUGAUGUAAUGAAGCAAAACCCAAUGACCAACUAUACUACUCUACCUAGCAGCAUCAUGGACCACUCCAUCUCCCCUUUUAUGAGGAAAGGGAUGCCUGGUGACUCGAAGAACUAUUUUACUGUGGCCCAAAAUGAAGAAUUUGACAAGGACUACCAGAAGAAGAUGGCAGGGAGCACUCUGGCUUUUCGCACAGAGAUCUGAGAGUGCUGGUCGGGGAGGUGGGGUGCUGCCCCAGACGUUAUUACUAGAUUGUACCCAUUUAAACCCCAUGAUACUUAAAAGCAUUCUUCCUCCCAUCCUAAGUCAUUCCACACUAUCUGUAGAUCCUGUACUACUAUAAUAAUACUUCAUUAAAACAUAAUCAA